UAUAGCUCCCAGCAGGCAUUGCCGAUCUGGACCCCCGCCUGCCCCACGUGGAUAGAGAUGCACUGGCACUGGGAACCAGAAUAUACAUGUGAGGCCCCUUGUCUUGAAGGCAGCCGUUACUGUGUGGCAGGCAAAAUAUAAUUUAAUGUUUGUAUGUGCUUCAGAGUGUCUAGGGCUUUCUCAUACCUUAUUUUCUUUUCCAGGAGGCUUAUGUGACCCUUUUAUCCCUGUGAAAAGUGGCUUGCUCUGAACCACCCUAGCUGAUAGUGAAUGCCAGAAUUAGCCCCAGAACCUAAGUGUUUGCUACUAUACAAAAAUUCAGUUAUUUAAAAUUUUGCAACCCACAUAAUGUCAAUAAUAAACUCCAUGUUACAGCUAGUCACAGUAAUUCUCUGAAGAAUAUAGCAGUUUUUAUUGUGUCCUGACCAAAUGAUAAGGUAAGUGGUAAUAGAGUUGGGAAAGGAAAAGUGGACUGGGACAGAGGCCACCGUGGCCCAAGCAUGGGUGGUCACUGUGUGUGUUUCAUCUGCCCCUCUAGGUCUAGCCUCUGUUCUCUGUACAGCUCUGUGCUCAAGGAGGCUGACCCAUGUGGUCUGUGCCCCCGGCUUCUGGUUGCUUUAGCCAGUGUCAAGCACCAGCAAGAGCUGGAGGUUAGAGGAAGGUGUGGUCGGGGUGCUUGACCCUGGCUCCCUCCCUGCCGGGCUGCCUUGGGUCGCUUGAGUUCCUUUACGAGGGCACAGAGUGUCAGCAGUCAGUGCUUGUCAUAAACCUACCCUCUGAGCUUCUCAUAAGCACUCCAUCCCCUCGCCUCUUCCAGCCUAGGAGUUAAUGGCUCCCAGAUGGCACAAGUGCUGGGAUACUGCACUGUCCUUUGGUGGUUUCCUUAAACCCUGCCCGUAUCUUUAUAAAUAGUAUCUUCUUAAAGAUUGUCCUGUGAGUACCUAUUUUGAAUGUACCAUUUCUUUCCUGCCGGGAAUGUAACUCUGCAGUCCCUAAUCACAUGUCUGAUUUUAGACACAUCAUCCUUACAGAUACACAGAGGAGAUCACAUGAAAUUUGAGGUGUGCCACCCACACUAAAUUCUGACUUACAGUCCUCAGAACUUGAAGUCCUGUUUUCUAUUAUACAAGCACCAAAUCUCAGAGCAGGAGAGACCAGCUUGAUGCAGCAAUCCCCGAACAUCAUCCCAGAGGGAAGCAUUCGGUUCGGGAAAGAUCUCCAGUGACAACGAAAUCACUCCCCCAGAGGAGGACUCCAUUGGCACCCCGGGAAGUCCUUUGAAAUGCACCCAACAGCACCAUUUUCAAAUGCACACUAUUCGCUUUGAAUCCAGAUCCACUGUAUUUCACAGGAUGCCUGAUGUGUCAUUCUACUCACUCAGCCCCAGUGUGAGCAGAGCCAGCUCUGUGAUCCGAAGAAAUACCCCAAUGUCUUCAUUUACAAAAUGCGGCUGGGGAGCUCUGUGGUUUGUAAGGCCACGUCCAUCUGACUAACAAUGAAAGGAAUUGCAGUGCUCGGGGAAGUCAUUCCUCGCUGUCAACAGAAACUGAGCACACUGCUGCCCUCCCCUGGAUUGCUGAAGUUUAUUUCUGUACUCAGCUCCAUUUCCUCUCUGAAAGUUCCUCCAGACCAAGUCCUGUGUCCCCUUCUCAGCAGAUUACCUCCUUCCCCAGCACGGCCCCCCGCCACCCCUGGAGUCCGGCCCUGCCCGCUGUGCCCACUGUCCAUGCGCCGGGCGGGCCGACCACUGCAGCCUGGACUGCCCGCCUCCCCUGAGCCCAGGGACCCGACUGCCGCAGCUCUCGGACUCGGACGUUGUUACUCGUGGGAACUGUGGCUCCACGGCCGAGAACGCCGCCUUCGCAGUUUCUCCUUUUCAGCCUCUGCUCUGGCCGCGCGGUCGGGGGGCGGACGCCCACAAGAGGCUCCUCGGGCAUCCUUUCAGACCCGGCCCCCACCCCUCUGCCCGGGACACGGCCUUCAGGCCUCCCGCCCGCCUGGCUGUACCAUGGUGAGAGCCACCACCGCACUCCGACUUUAACGGCUGCAGCCGCCCAACUGCUGCUGCCGCGCCGAGCGGGCCAAGGUCCGGAAUCCCGCUCCCGAUUGGCCAGCACGCGACUCCCAGGGUGUGGCGCAUUCUGAUUGGACGUGGAUUUGGCGGGAAGGCUGCAGGGUCACCGAAGGAAGAGCGCAGUUCCCCAGGUGAAUCUUCCAGCACUAGGAUCCACCUGCAGCCAGUACUGGACAGGGAGACGGGCCGCCUUGCAAGAGCUGAACCUGCAAAUCCAAACAUUGGUGAGCAGUGAGCAUUGUGCCCCCUAAGCCACCUAUUCUCUCUCAGCCAAUGAAGAACCCAGGCAGGGGUCUGAGAUGAGACCACCGUGAUACCCCACACGGGGGUGGGAGGCGAGUCCGAGUGGCAUCAUGAUGCAGGUUGAACUUGGAUGUGGCCACGCCGUGUAUCUGCGCUGGGCACUCUUUCUCUAAUCCCCACUUUUUUUCCUCUAAAAUGGGGAAAAUUAUACCUCCUAGGGCUGUUGGGAGGAUCAGAGAUGAGGUUUAUGAGAAGUUCUUACAGAAAAAUCCAGCAGCUCUAGGGCAGACAGUGGAUUAGCCCGGACAGACUUGAGAACACCAAAGCAGCCUUCACUUCGCAUGGAAUUCCUGGACACCUGAGAAACACACAGGGGGCCUGGGACCCUGCCAGGGCCUGGAGGAGCAGCCCACCCAUGGCAGGCCCCGUCAGCAGCCGUGUGCUGAGCAGAGCAGACUACUCCUCCUGAAACGGAGAAAACUCGUGUGGAGCACACACCCCACCCACCCCAGCACCAGGCUCUGCUGAAGAUGCCUUACGCGUUUGCACUUCCCAGCCCCUGGCCUCGUAGUAGGCAUUACGAGUCCCAACUUACAAAGGAGGAACUUGAGUGAGAAGGACGGAGCUGGGCUGUGGCUGCAGGCCCACCAUUAGUACGUGUGGCAGGUUUGGGCACGAAGUGGUAAACAGCAGCAAGAUGAGCCCCAGUCCCUGGGUGGCCGUGGGCCUGGAGGCAGGGGCGAGGCACCCCGUGCUCAUCUCAGGUAGACGUCCUCCAACAUGUUGGUCUUGAGCCCCUCCCCCAGUGUGGAGGCUCCAGGAUCCCCACAGCCAUUAUACCAGAUGUCCAAGACCUUCAGGAAGAUGUUUGCCUGGGAUACAAAGCAGCAACCCCAUGGGACCACAUGUGAAGGUGGAGGAAGCCAGUCCCCAGCCUCCGAGCCCAGGAGGCCCGAGGAGCAAAGAGCAUGGACAGAGAGCAGAAGACCACAGAGGUUCCAGAAGAGAGCCCUGGGUCUUGGACGAUGGUGACUGGCAGAGUGGAAAGACGAGAAGCAAGCACAGAGGGUGGGCCCUCCUCGCCAAAAAAGGCUACCAGGAGCAGGACCUGGACCCCCAGAUUUCUGUCAUCACCAAACUCAAAGGGGUUUCCGUAACCCAGAUCAAGGAGCUGGGGAACCGGCUGUGGGAUGUGGCUGACUUCGUGAAGCCACCACAGGGAGAGAACAUGUUCUUCUUGGUGACCAAUUUCCUUGUGACGCCAGAACAAGUUCAGGGCAGAUGCCCAGAGCACCCCUCCAUCCCGCUGGCUAGCUGCUGGGCCGACCAGGACUGUCCUGAAGGGGAGACAGGGACCCACAGCCACGGCAUAAAAACGGGCCAGUGCGUAGUGUUCAACGGGACCCACAGGACCUGUGAGAUCCGGGGCUGGUGCCCAGUGGAGAGUGGUGCUGUGCCCGUAAAGCCCCUGCUGGUCCAGGCGGAGAACUUCACGCUGUUCAUCAAAAACACCAUCACCUUCAGCAAGUUUAACUUCUCCAAGUCCAAUGCCUUGGACACCCAGGACCCAACAUAUUUCAAGCGCUGCCGCUACGACCCACGCUCCAGCCCCUCCUGCCCUGUGUUCCGCAUCGGGGACCUCGUGGCCGCAGCUGGAGGGGUCUUUGAGGACCUGGCGCUGCUGGGCGGUGCCAUGGGCGUCCAUGUCCACUGGAACUGCGACCUGGAUGCCAGGGGCUCUGACUGCCGGCCCCACUACUCCUUCCAGCUGCAGGAGCGGAGCUACAACUUCAGGAUGGCCACUCACUGGUGGGAGGCCUCGGGUGUGGAGGCCCGGAGUCUGCUAAAGCUCUACGGGAUCCGUUUUGACAUCCUCGUCACUGGGCAGGCAGGGAAGUUCGGGCUCAUCCCCACACUCGUCACUUUGGGCACAGGAGCAGCUUGGCUGGGCGUGAUCACCUUCCUCUGUGACCUGCUGCUGUUGUACGUGGAUGGAGAAGCUCAUUUCUACUGGAGGACCAAGUAUGAGGAGGCAAAAGCUCCAAAGGUGACUGCCAGCCCUGAGCAGACAAAACCGGCAUCUGCACCCCUGCACCUGGCUGCCCAGGCUCCUUAGAGGGGGCCCAGCGCCUGUCCCAACGGCCAGGGCUGCUACCAGAAGCUGGACACCAAAGCCUUGGCCCUGACCCCCACUUGCUGGCCCAUUCCUGAGGCCUGUUCCCUGCUGUUGGGGGUCGGGGCUGGGAAGGGAGGGGCCUCGCCUUGGGUACCUCAUGGAUGGAGCCCCAGCAGGACCGGGGCAGGGAGUGAGAAAAUUCCAUCCUUCAACUCCCAGGCACACUGUCCCUGCCCUGACUCUGGCCUCGGCAGGGUACUGCCCAGGGAGCAGCAGAAGCCGCUAUUGCACAGAGACCUGCAGCGGAACAUGUCCCAGGGCGCUGGUCACAAGGACUCCAGCUGUGUCUGGAGAACUCUCUCCCACCUCUGUCACCAGGGCUUCCAGCAGCGGCCCACUCACCAGUGGUCAGCACAGACCCUCUGCUGGCUGUGCAGACUCCAGCCCUCUCCCCUGGCAGCACCCCCAUUGUAGGUGGAGCCCCCACCCUCUCAGCGCUGUUCCAGGGUCUGUGCUGCCGUAGUCUAGGGCAGGGUAGAAAGAGGUCUGACAAGAGGGUUGUCUCUGCUGCUCUGGUGCUGGGUGCCUGGGGCUCGUCCCCACCCAGUUUGGGGUGGUCAUCCAUGGAAUUCAGACUGGGGCAGGCAGAUGACCCAACCCACUAGGACCCGGCAAUGGCGCAUGCACCAGCCCUUCCCGGUGGCAGCCCUCAGACUGUGGAGGGCUGGGAUUGGGAGAAGAGGAUGGAGGAGCUGAGUUGGUGGUCAUUGGGUCCUUUGGGACCGUCUGUGUGCUCCUUGGUGACACUCAGCCCAACCUCCUGGAACUUGUGGGGGUGGGGAGAAUGUAUAUCUGGAAUUCACUGCUACCCAAGGUCACACACCUAAGAACUAGCCCGAGGCAACUGCUCGAAGGAGGCCCCGUCCUUCACUUCGGGUGGAGCCCAGUGGCCAGAAGGAAUGCCCCAAACAAAUUCCAGAGGCCCCGGCAGGCUGGCCUGGAUCUGGCUGUGACGUCCUCACAGGGUCUGAGUCCUGCCCGCUGGAGAACUCCCCAUGCUGCAGGGAGCCUACAGCUGUGAGGGAGGGACUAGCUGCAGGGGUCUGACCCUGUCUUGGCCCCAGGGCAGUGGCAGGGGUUUGGGAGUGCCCACCUGGGAGGCAAGGGGCUGCUUGCUCACAGGGGCCCGGUGACCAGGCAUGCUGGCCGCUUGCCGGGGCAGUGACAUGGGCCAUCUGGGGAUGGCAGGGUUGGGGUUCAGGCUGGGCUAGCAUCUGGAACCAUCUGGCAUCUGGAGCCUCAGCAAAGCCUUGGGGUCCUUGCUGCCUCUCAAUCCCCAGAGUAGUGUCCCUGGGGAGGCAGGCCACAAAGGUCAGGGUGAGAGAACAUGGCCCUGAGGUCUUUACUGGGGCGGGGUCCCAUGUACGGGGCCCAAAGAAAGCUAACGUAUGGCUUCAGGGUCUGGGAGUAAAGCCUGUCGACAGCAGCUUCCUGCGUGCUCCUUACAGGCAGAGACGGGAGCUAGUGGUACCUGUGGUGGGCACAGCACCACCUGGGAGACCAGUGGACAGUGCUGGGUGGGCCUGGGGACCCCACCCCAAGGACCAGGGGGGCUGG